CAGUGCAGCAGUGUAAGCCUGACAUCAAAACUUCUUUAAAUAGAGUACUGUAUGUAUAAUUAUAUGCCCAAAAUCAGAUUAAUUAAAUUUAAAACCAUACAUUUUAUUAUAUUUUCCACUCUGGGAGGUUUUUCUUUCAAAUUAUCAGAUUUCAUUUAACGAAUUUUCAAGGAAUUAGUUCAUGUUGGCAACCCUGCCAAUCAGCAUUGCUCUGUUAUGCCGUGUUGGAGAAAACAGGUUGGUUUCUUGUGGACGUGGAAACGUGAAAAGAAUUUUGUUGAGGGAAAAUUCAAUUCCUUAGUUCAGUUUGAGUCAGUUCGCUGUUGAAGUUCUCCAAUUUUAAAGUGCUAAGCAAAGUAAAGUGAAUUUAAGUCAUUACAAUGUCCAAAUCGCAAAACAAAGGCUUCACCAAAGAAGAAGAACUUCUGCUACAAGAUUUUAGCAGGAACGUUUCUACCAAAUCAUCUGCCCUAUUUUAUGGCAAUGCUUUCAUUGUUUCUGCUGUGCCAAUAUGGUUAUUCUGGAGGAUACACAUGAUGGAAAUUUAUUCAUCUCUUAUCCUGUUUGUUGUUGUAACAGCUUUAUCGACUUACCUCCUUGCCAUUGCUUACAGAAACACUAAAUUCACCUUAAAACAUAAAAUUGCUAUGAAGAGAGAAGACGCAGUCACAAGGGAGCUUUUAAAGAAGCUAUCCGACGACAAGAAAAUGAGCAAGAAAGAAAAAGAUGAAAGGAUCCUUUGGCAAAAAAAUGAAGUAGCUGAUUUCGAAGCAACUACUUACUCAAUCUUCCACAACAAUGCCAUAUUCUUAACCAUAGUAAUUGUGGCCAGUUUUUACAUCCUCAGAUCUUUCUCUCCAUCUGUUAACUACACUUUGUCUAUUGGAACAGCUUCAGGACUUUUAGCUCUCUUAUCAACUGGUACAAAGUAAAAAUGUUAUUCAAUAUUUAAGUUUUGUGUUGACCCAUUUAUGAGAUAUUUAUAAUAGGUAAUAUGAACAAAUUAAACUCCACUCUAAUUACAUAUAUAAUUUUGUUUCCAAACCGCAUAAUAAAUGCCAAUAUAAAGUGGGUUUUAAGAGUUUUAGUUUAAGAAUUUUGUACUUCAUUCACAAAUCAUUUCACAUUAAAUUUGUUUGAUAAUUUAUGAUCAUUAAUAAAUUUGUAUUUCAAAUAAGUUAAUGUUUUAAUUAUUACCUAAUUAUUAAACCAUGUUUUGGAUAAGUAUCAAGUUUUUUUUUGCCGUUACUUGUCAAAAUUAAUAACACGCCGCCUUUUUAAUGCAGGUAAAAAGAAACCAAAGCAAUUAUUAGUUAAUGAAAAAUUGUAUUUUUAAUUUGAGAAAAAAGUAUUACCAGUCACUGGUAGAUAAUUAAAUGAAUUUGUCUAACCUGAG